GCUUCCCAUCCCCGUCAAACACAAACACUGCUAGAGAUCUUCAUAAUGGCUGCUCUCGGUAACACACUCUCCAGGUUGAUCGUCCCUAUCGCGCUGGGUACGGCCGCCUUCCAAGCUUCGAUCUACGAUGUACCCGGUGGAUACAGGGCCGUCAUGUUCGACAGGUUCAGCGGAGUCAAGAAUGAGGCCUCCGGGGAAGGAACCCAUUUCCUCGUCCCUUGGCUUCAAAAGGCCAUCCUGUAUGAUGUCAGGAUCAAGCCUAGGAACAUUUCUACCACCACUGGAUCUAAAGAUAUGCAGAUGGUCUCCCUAACGCUGAGGGUCAUGUCCAGGCCGGAUAUCGCCGUCUUGCCCAAGAUCUACCAAAACCUAGGUCUCGACUAUGACGAACGAGUCCUCCCCUCGAUCGGUAACGAAGUCCUCAAAGCCACCGUUGCCCAGUUCGAUGCUGCCGAAUUGAUCACCCAGCGAGAGGUCGUCUCGGCAAAGAUCAGGCAGGAUCUGUUGACAAGGGCGAGGGAGUUCAACAUCCUGUUGGAGGACGUCUCGAUCACGCACAUGACUUUCGGAAAGGAGUUCACUACCGCCGUCGAGCAGAAACAGAUUGCUCAGCAGGAUGCCGAGCGAGCCAAGUUUGUCGUUGAAAAGGCCGAGCAAGAGCGUCAAGCCGCCGUCAUCCGGGCCGAGGGUGAAGCCGAGGCUGCGUUCACCAUCUCCAAGGCUUUGGACAAGGCCGGCGAGGCUUUCGUUACUUUCCGACGGAUCGAGGCUAGCAAGGAUAUCGCCACUUCGUUGUCUGGCAACAAGAACGUAACCUACUUGCCGGCUACCAACUCAGGGCUGUUGAUGCAGGUACCCACGUAGGCUAAAAGCCGAUUAUGCAGCGAUGUGUGAAACGGUUGAGACUGUAUGAUAGAAGUAAACGACGAUAAUCUUCAUCAAGAAUGAAGGAAUAUGACAUCACUCUGUUAUUGG